CCUUUUCUCAUCUCCUUACCUCCCUACCCCAUCUGCACCCCACCUCCUAUCAUCUCUAGCCAUCCCUAUUCUCAAUGUACCCCUUGGGUUAUCUCUUUCCAUUCUACUUCUCUGACCCCUUUGGAUCAUCUCCUUCCAUCCCUACCCCAUUCACACCUCCUCCCAUCAUCUCUACCCAUCCGUGUGCAUACUUGUCUCCUUUGAGUCAUUUCCUUCCAUCCCUAACCCCCUCUGGGUUAUCUUAAUCCCAUCUACACCCCACUUUCAUCUCUACUAGCCAUCCCUAACCCUCCCUCCCACCUUGGGUCAUUUCCUCUCAUUCCUAUUCUCUAGGUCUCUCUCAGGUCAUCUCCUUUUAUCUCUAUAUUCUCUGGCAUCCUUGGGUCAUCCUCUCUUAUCUCUACAUCAUCCUCUGGUCCCCUUGGGUCAAUUCCUCCCACCCUUCUGUGCUCUGCCCAUCCUGAGUCAUUUUCUCCUAUUUCCUUCUCCUUCUGAUCCUCCUUGGCCCAAUCUCCUUUGUACUCUCUUGGGACAUUUCUGCCCAGCCCUGUCCCAACAGGCACCCUUUGGAUCACCUUUCCUUUCCCCACAGUCUCCUCAUUUUCCAUUCUCUUCCAGAUAAUCUCUCCUUCAGCCAUCUUCUAGUAAUUAGUGCUGUCCAGUAAGGCAGUGAGCCACUUUAGGAGAGAGUAGAUUCUGGCCUUUCACUGGAGGUCUCAGGAAAAAUCCCAAUGAGCACUUAUUGUGGAGACUGUCAAUGGGAUUUGAUAUAGGUUCAGAUUGUGUUUAGACACUCUCUAAAAUGACAUCCAGGUCUCAAUUUCUAUGAUUUUUAACCAUAUCUCUUCCAACUCUCUUGGUUAUUUCCAACCCCUGUUCCAUGGCCCCUUCAGUCAUUUCUAUCCAUUUUAUUCCCCUUUCCUACUUUAGUCAUGCCCUUUCUAAUCUCUCUGGCCUCUUCUGAUUAAACUUUCACCUUUAGUCAUUUCUGUCUCAGUCAUUCUCCAUCCUUCUCUCAGGAUUCAUCUUUCUUUUCCUCUCUCCCCAACACUCCUUUGUUAUCUGUCUCUCCCCUGAUCCCUCAAAGACUUCCCACUUUCUUUUUGCUCUUACUUCAGGCCCUUGAGCUCCUUUGGUCUUCUCUUGUCUUCUUCUGGAAUCCACUAAACCAACCACCAUCAUUCUUUUCCCUGGUCCCUAGUCUUCCUCAGUUUCUCUACUCUGUUCUUUUACCUUCUUUCUGAUUUCUCCAACCCUAAUUCUCCUGUCUCAUGUAAAUAUCUCCUUAGAUCAUCCUGAUUUAUGAAUAAUGACAAGUUCUUGAUAUCUUAUUGGAGUAGAACUUGAAGUGCUUUCAUGUGACUGCUCUUGUUGAUCCUUAGGGGAUUUUUUUAACUUUCCCACAUCCUUAUGAGGAUGGAUCUGACAUAGGUAUUAACCUAGUCUUUCCAUUUUGCAGAUAGGGAAACUAGGGCUAAAAUCAUUCUAAAGUGUCAGGGAAUAUUUUUCUAUAUUGCCUUCUACCUGGAUCAGCCCUAACUUUUCCUGCCCUAUUGUGCCUGCUUCCUUCUUCCUCCCCUCCCUUUGAUAUCUUUUCCUAGACCUAGAAAGACUUCAUUACUCCCUCAUUGUCUUGCCACCCGUGGCAUCACAGCCCACAUUUUACCUUCCAUGUGCCCUCCAGCAUCACUUAUUAGUCUUCCCCACCAAAUAUUAUUUGAGGCAAAGGUGAGAGAGGUCACCUUCUUUCCUUUGGCCUUUCACAUGGCCUAGUUUUCUUUCCCUGUUAACCCAGUUUCUUUUCCCUGUUAGGACAGGGCAAGGUGAAGGGUUCAGGGGUUGGUGUUGUGAGAAGAGAACAUGCCAGGAGCCCUGUUUACUUUAAGUGGGAUCCUCAGAUCUGUUUCAUAACCAUUUAGGCCCUUGCCCCCCAGCUUGCCCACUUCAAUGCCUGUAGAGAGGGAGGGGAAACUUUUUCAGCUCCCUUUGAAGCAUGUUGGGAAUGUAGUUUAAAAAUGCCUUUAAGUGGGACCACCUGCCCCAUUUGUGCCCUGGUGAAGGAGAGGGAGGAGAUCAAGCACUCUCAGAUCUCUUUAAGCUAGCUCUGGAGCCCAGGCUGUAGGCAGUGGUCCUAGGGGUGGCAGAGCCCCAAGGCUCUGGAAUAUGGAAUUUAGGUCAGGCAAUUUAGUCAGGGAAUUCCCUCAGGCUGGUGAACAUCAUUAUUUGGUGCUCAUUUUGCCUGAAACAAGAAUGAGACCAAGAACUUUGGGUAUGAAAAGCUUAUGGUGAAACUGUUGGGUUUUCAUUUUCUUUGUUUCCUGAGUGAGAUUAAAGUUUGGUUUGAGAGUUUGAAGGUUGGGGAAACUGCAUACCUAGCUAGGCAAAACUUAGUGGGGUAGCAAUGGGAGUUGCUAUCACAAAAAAGUUGGUAAUUAGUACCAAUUAUGAGAACCAGAGUACACUCAAAGAAUCCUAUCUGAUCAUUGAAAGUACUUGUGAGCAUAGAGUCAGUGUCAACAGCAUAUGGCACCCCAUUACUGGAUGAUUUCACAGUGAUAAUGGUGUCCUAGGGAGAGAGAAUAUGACUCAGAAUUGGGGGACCCAGGUUUCAGUCCUGCCUGUGUCACCAACAAACUGUGUAAUCUUAGGCAAAAUAUUUUUCCUCUUUUAGCCCAUUUCCUCUAUAAAAUGCGAUGGUUGGAGGGCUGCAAAGUCAUUGCUGCUUUCUAUGCCUGUUUCCUCAUUUGUAAAAACGAAUUGUUUGGAACUGAUGACCUCUGAGGUCCCUUCUAGUUCUAAGACUAUGAUCCUAUGAAUAGAUGACGCUACCCAGUUUGGAAGCUUCCUCAAACUCCCAAGAUACCUAUUGUUGUUCAGUCAUUACCUACUCCUUGUGAUCCCAUUUGGGGUUUUCUUGGCAAAGAUACUGCAGUGUUUUGCCAUUUUCUUUUCUAGCUCAUUUUCCAGAUGAAGAAACUGAGGCAAAUGGGGUUAAGUGACUUGCCUAGAGUCAUUCAGCUAAAUAGUUUCUGAGGCUGACUUUGAACUCAUGAAGAAGAGUCCUCCUGAUUCCAAGUCCAGUGCUCUGUCUACCGUGCUGUCUUGCUGUCCUUUAAGAUAGUUGGUUGUGUGUAAAUUGACUUUCUGGGAAAGGAAAAGGUCAGGGCAGAGCCUUACUGGGUUGAAUUUCUUGCUUUGAAAAUGGGUCCCAAGUGAGGCUCAUAGAGCAGAAUCUGAUGUGCUUGGGUGACUUGUCCCUGGAAACCAAGCCCUGAGGGCAAGCAAUUGCCAUCAUGAUUGUAGGUGCCUCCAGAGAUAUGUCCAGAGAGUGAACUGUCUGCUUCCUGCCACCUAUUUUUUAAUCUGUUACACCCCCUUCAAGCAAGUUUGUUUAUUUUUAUUCUCAGUUCCAAAUUCUCUCCCUCUCUUUACCUUCUUCUCCACCCAUUAAGAAGGCAAGAAAUAGGAUACCUUUAUACAUAUGAAGUUUGGCAAAAUAUAUUUCCAUAGUAGCUACAUUGCAAACAAACAAAAAAGACCAGAAAAAUAAAGAAAGCGAAAAACAAUCGAUUUCCCUCUGUACCCAGAGUUUCUCAGUUCCCUCUCAAGUUAGCAUUUUAUAUCAAUAGGAGGAGUCCUUUGGAAUGGUAGUGGAUCAUUGUAUCCAUCACAGUAACUAAGUGUUGCUACAAUAUUGCUGAUACUGUGUACAAUGUUCUACUCACUUACUUUGCUUUUGUUCACAUAAGUCUUCCCAGAUUUUUCUGACGCCACCUUCUUGGUCAUUUUUAAAAAAACAAUAGUAUUCUAUCACGAUCAUAUACCACACUUGUUCGGCCAUGCCCCGAUUGAUGGACGACCCCUCAGUUUCUAAUUCUUGUUUGUCUUUGCUCUCCUCGGGGUCUAGACAUAAUAGAGUUAUUGCGGGGUCAGAGGGUAUGUAUGCAUGGUUUAAUUAUUUUGAAGUCUAGCUCAAAACCCCUUUCCAGAAGGCUGGACAGGUUUAGUACAGCUCCCCCAAGAAAGGAACUUACAUUCUCCUGAGGGACACUUCCGUGGGGAAAACCUUCUGUGUUCUCAGCAGUGGAAGAAAUGCAGAGUUUAGCUUUAAUGAAGUCCCUGUGCUCAUGUGACUAAAUAUCACUCUUGUAGAGAACCCCAAUAAAGAGUACUUUGCACAGAAUUUCAUAUCUGCUGUACAUUAUAGAGUUAUAGAAGCCAGUGCAGAGAGAAGCCCAAGGAGAAAAGCCAGCACUGACUUGGAGAUCUGGGAAAGUUUCUUGGAGGAUGCAGCCUUCGAAUUGGAACUGCCCUUUUCUGGCCCAUCAUCUGACCCUGGCCAUCCCCAUCAUCGCGGGCAUCCUCCUCUUCUUCGUCUUGAGCUGCCUGCUGCAGACAAGUUUCACUGAUCCUGGGAUCCUGCCCCGAGCUACUCCCAGCGAGGCGGCUGCCCUGGAGAAACAGAUCGACAGCAGCGGCAAUUCCACCUACAGGCCGCCGCCGAGGACCAAGGAGGUGAUGAUCAAUGGACAGAUGGUGAAAUUGAAGUACUGCUUCACCUGCAAGAUGUUUCGGCCCCCCCGGACCUCCCAUUGCAGCGUGUGUGACAACUGUGUGGAGCGGUUCGACCACCACUGCCCAUGGGUGGGCAACUGUGUAGGAAAACGGAAUUACCGCUUCUUCUAUGCCUUCAUCCUCUCCCUCUCCUUCCUGACUUCCUUCAUCUUUGCCUGUGUCAUCACCCACCUGACUUUGCGUUCUCAGGGAGGCACCUUACUCGACACUCUGAAGGAGACACCAGCAAGUGUGCUGGAGCUGGUGAUUUGCUUCUUCUCCAUCUGGUCCAUCUUGGGCCUCUCAGGGUUUCACACUUACCUCGUCGCCUCCAACCUGACAACCAACGAGGAUAUCAAAGGCUCAUGGUCCAGUAAGAAAAGUCCAGAGAAUUCCACUAACCCCUACAGCCAUAAAAGUGUUGUCGCCAACUGCUGCGCUGUGCUCUGUGGGCCUCUGCCCCCAAGCUUGAUUGACCGGAGGGGAUUCGUUCAGCCUGAUACCCUGUUGCCCUCUCCCACCAAGAACGAAGAACCUACCUGUGGAGCCAAGCCAGACAGCAGCAUGGGCGUGAGGGGCCUUAAAGAGCUUUUGAGGACCGCCGCCUUCUGCCUCUCUGGGAGAAGCUCCGAGAAGGCAGGGCAUCCUGGACCCCCCCCUGCCUGAAGCCUCGGCCGCUCUGCCACCGUCUGUGCCUCCGGGGCCUGCUCCGCAAGGGCCCCUCCUGCCCCUCCUCCGGGGCCUGAAAGAAGCUUCCCCUGCCCUGCCGCUGAGCGGAGACCCUUCCCCUCCCCCGCCGUCAGAAGCCAUAAAGCCGUGAGCAGCCCCCCUUCCUCCAGCCUUGUUCCCCGACUCACAAGGAGCCAGGCCUUUCCCCAGUCUUGCCUUACUGCCGUCCCCCCAGCCUAGGCACAGCCAUCCUCGCCUCGCUGAACAAGUUUUCUUGGGAGUCCUUCGUGCCCAUGACGCUGCUGAACAGGUUGGGCGACUGCUUGGAGCACCCCGGCCCGCCGGUUCCCACGACGCCGAGCGAGCCUCCCCCUGGAGGUGCGGGUGGAUGCGGGCCCUGCGGAGUGAGACCAGGCCGGAGAGGGGGAGGGUGGCGUCGGGCUCCUCGUCUUUGCCUUUGACCUUUUUACGCACCAAAUAAAGCCGCUUCUCCUUGCUGGA